GCUGCUUCCCCUUAUAUAUUCUUAUUACACCGUCUUGGUUACUUGCUGUCCAUACUAGUAUUCUCUAACGUUGCCAAAACUAAUUCAGUGUACUUGCUCAAUCAUUUAUGCAACAGAAAUGGGCUUUCUAGAUCAUCUUUCUGAGCUCUUCGAAUUCCAUCGCGGCACCAGCAAAAGGAGGCUCAGUAAACUAAGGAAAAAUGAACUUGAGAUAGUGGAGAUAAGAGUGAAAAUGGACUGCGAAGGAUGCAUAAGGAGGGUGAGGAAGUCGGUAGAAGGGAUGAAAGGAGUAACGAAAGUAGAAGUGGAACCAAAGCAGCACAAGCUAACAGUAACUGGUUAUGUGGACCCAGAUAAAGUGUUGCGACGAGUAAGACAUCGUACAGGAAAGAAGGCUGAGUUCUGGCCAUACGUUCCUUACGAUCUGGUGGAUCAUCCUUACGUACGUGGUGUUUAUGAUAAGAAAGCUCCGGCAGGAUACGUUCGCAACGCCUAUGAUAACCCGCAGACUGCAAGCCUUGCAAGGGCGAGCUCUACUGAGGUCAACUAUAUUACUGCGUUUAGUGAUGAAAAUCCACAGGCAUGCAUGAUUAUGUGAGAAACAUGUCCAGUGGCUUGGUUCAUUUCGAGCUCUAACGAGAAGUACUGGCAGAUACAAAUUAAAAGUUGGUGCUUAGAGACUUCUGGAUCCUGAUCCCCUGAAGAGAGUGACGCGUGCAAUAAAUUAACUAGUCGAUGUAACUUGUAAUUAAGGUUGUUAAUUAAGGUAACUUAUUUUAAUUUGUAGUAUUAAAUACGAUGACAGUCAGCAGUUGUAUCAUAUUAUAUAAGUUUGAAGUUACACAUGGUUCACUACUUGAAUGAACAUGUAUUGAUCAAUU